CGAUCUUCCUUGCUCAUACUUCGACAAUGUUUUUUCUGCUUCUCGUUUUCUGCGUUUAUUGUUGAUAUGUUGUUGAUCUUCGCGUUUUGGUCAUCACUUCAAGAUCUGUAGGAUUCAAAGUUCGUUCUAUCGAUUUUGGAUAGAUCUAGCAGUGUAAAUCGUUUGUCAAAGUUUUUUAUUCUUUGGGUUUUUAAAAGAGUAUUGCAAAGAUGUCUUCUGAUUCGUCCCGGGAAGAGAAUGUGUACUUGGCCAAGUUAGCCGAGCAAGCUGAGCGUUACGAGGAAAUGGUUGAGUUCAUGGAGAAAGUUGCAAAGACCGUGGAGACCGAGGAACUUACUGUUGAAGAGAGGAAUCUCUUGUCUGUUGCUUACAAGAACGUGAUUGGUGCUAGGAGAGCUUCUUGGAGGAUUAUCUCUUCCAUUGAGCAGAAGGAAGAUAGCAGGGGCAACAGUGAUCAUGUUUCGAUUAUCAAGGAUUACAGAGGCAAGAUUGAAACUGAGCUCAGCAAGAUUUGUGAUGGCAUUUUGAACCUUCUUGAGGCUCAUCUCAUUCCUGCUGCUUCUUUGGCUGAGUCCAAAGUUUUUUACCUGAAGAUGAAGGGAGAUUAUCAUCGGUACCUUGCUGAAUUCAAGACUGGUGCUGAGAGGAAAGAAGCUGCUGAGAGCACUCUUGUUGCCUACAAGUCUGCUCAGGAUAUUGCUCUUGCUGAUCUGGCUCCCACUCACCCAAUCAGACUGGGGCUUGCUCUUAACUUCUCUGUUUUCUACUAUGAGAUUCUCAACUCAUCUGAUCGUGCGUGUAGUCUCGCAAAGCAGGCUUUUGAUGAGGCAAUCUCGGAGCUAGACACAUUGGGAGAGGAAUCAUACAAGGACAGUACAUUGAUCAUGCAGCUUCUCCGUGACAAUCUCACCCUCUGGACUUCUGACCUCAAUGACGAAGCUGGUGAUGAUAUCAAGGAAGCCCCGAAAGAGGUGCAGAAAGUUGAUGAACAAGCCCAACCACCACCUUCGCAGUGAUAAAAUCAGAUCCAUGGAAUGAUUUGCAGACAAAAAAAUAUAUGGCUUGGUUCUGUGUUUUUAAACAGAAAAAAACCUUGUAGUUUCCUUAAACAUGGGCUGUAGUUUCCUUAAACAUGGAUUUGUAGUAGUAAUUGUAGCUGCAUGAUUUGGUUAUCGAUGGUUAAAACUCUUUGUGUGCUUCUCACAUGUUUUGGUUGUUGUCGUUGUUGCCGGUUUCACUAUUAGACUGCAUUGCAUUACAUGGUCCGGUCUAAAAGUUGAAAACUUGCUUCCUUCUCUGAUUGGGGUUUAGUUGUCUUUUAGAUUAUGCUUCUCUAGGUGGAAUGUUCCCCAAAUGGAAUUGGUUAAGACUCAAGAGAGUUGUUCAAUGAAACGAAAUAGAAAUGGAAU